CCCGAAAGGCCGAAACCCCCAAACCCCUCCUCCCCGUCCGGCGGCCGCGCCGUGUCCAACCGCGGAAGAUGUCGCUUUCCAAACCUCUCUCGGCGCGCCGCCUCGUGCCGGCGCUCUUCCCGCUCGCGCACGCGGACGCCGCCUCGGCCGCGGCGGCACGCCGCGAGCGCCGCCAGGACACGUUCGUCGCGACGCCCCCCGUCCCCGCGCCCUCCCCGAAGGCCGUGCGCCUCGCGGAGCCGCUCCCCACGCUGGCGCCGUCCCGCCUCGCGCUGCACAACCGGAUCCUCGCGCUCCUCUCGGGCCCCCAGGCCGACCUACCGGAGGCGGCGCUCCUCACCCGCCACGCGCUUCACUCCAACUGCCGCCCUUCCUCCUUCACCUGCGCCGCCGUCCUCGCAGCGCUCCUCCGCGCGCGCCGCCUCGACGACUUCUUCGCGCUGCACCGCUUCGCCCUCCAGGCCGCCGUCCCGCCCACCGCCGCCACGCACGUGCUCUACCUCUCCGCGCUCGCAGCGCGCCGCCUCCCUGACGACGCGCUCCAUCACCUCCGCCUCCUCGCCAGGCCUGGCUCCCCCGUGCCGCCCUCCCCUACGGCCUAUCGCGUCGUCGUCGAGUGCCUGGUGGCCGACCACGGCAGACUCGCGGAUGCCGUCCUUCUCAAGGAUGAGAUGCUCGACUCUGGGGUUGUGGGGCCGGAUCCCAAGGUCUACAACCUUCUCAUGGCUGGAUUCGUGGGUGCUAGGGAUGGAGCCAAAGCUGUGGAGCUAUACCAAGAGCUCACGGACAAGGUUGGCGGCAAGCCGGUUCUUGAUGGCAUUGUCUAUGGAAGUCUCAUGAAGGCGUAUUUCCUUAUGGGAAUGGAGGAGAAGGCUAUGGAGUGCUACAAAGAGGUGCUUGGUUUGGAAUCGGAGGUGAGGUUUGGGGCUGAGAGCUACAAUGAGGUGGUUGAGGCACUUGGACAGCAUGGGAUGUUGGAGCAUGCACUCAAUCUGUUCGACAGAAUGCUUGGGGAGCAUGACCCUCCACUGCGGAUUGCAGUUGAUCUGAGAAGCUUCAGGGUGAUGGUCGAUGCCUAUUGUGCUGCUGGGAGAUUUGAAGAUGCAAUUGCAGUGUUCAGAAGGAUGGGGGAGUGGAAGCUGGAGCCAGAUGUUGCAUCCUACAAUAAUUUGAUUCGGCAUCUGGGCCUUAACCAGUUGAUAAGUGAGGCGGAGAUGCUCUACAAUGAGAUGUGCGAGUGUGGUGUUGGCACGAAUGAGGAGACACAUGUACUACUCAUGGAAUCAUGCUUCAGUGUUGAUCGCAUUGAUGAUGGCAUCUCUUACUUUGACAAAAUGGAUGGAUUGGAGCUGAAGCCUGAUGCGAUUGCAUAUCAUAAACUUGUUGGUGGCCUGGUGGGUUUCAGUAUGCUUGAUAAGGCUCAGGAAUAUUUUGAUCAGAUGAAAGGGAAGGGAGUUAGCCCAAGCAUCUCAAGCUACGAGACAUUGCUGAAGGCAUAUGUUGCUGCUGGUCAGUUGGAUGCUGCAGCCAAGGUUGCAAAAGCUAUUCUUUUGGACGAGAAGGUUGUGUUCAGUGACGAAAUGAGGGAGCUCUUGGAAGGAGCAUUACGUGGAGAUGGAAGGGAAGAUGAUAUUACCAAGUUAUAUGAUGAUGUGGAGAGGGAAAAAGCUGAGGCAGAAGCCCGUGCUGCGGAAGAGAAGGCGAGGGCAGAGGCUCUUGCCAAGGAAGAGAGGGAGAGAAGGAGGGCAGAGGCUGCUGCUAAGGAUGAGGCUGCGGCUAAAGCCAGUGCUGCUGCUAUUGAAGCUAUCCUAGCCCAUAAAAGGAAGAUGGAGAAUGGAGUAUCUCCUGCUCCUGAUGCAAACACCCUGGAUGGUGGCUUUCUCAGUAAGUUAGGCCUUAGAUCAGCUGGAGAAGGCGCACUUCAAGGCACUCCGCAAAUUACAGAAGGGAUGGGAGACGACGGGCAGGGACAACUGUGAUGACCACGAGAAAUCCUAUACAUCCUGACAAGCUACUAAAGUCAGCAGUAGUUCACAGUGCCUCUUAUAUGUUGUUUUUGUUUGAGGAUAAAACAUGUAGGAGAUGAUCUUAUAUUCAGGCAUAGUUGUCCUUAGAACAUGAACUGCAGAUGGUAGAAGUUGCAGUAUAUUGUGCCAAUUUCUAUUUCUGUUACCAUGGAACUCAUGAUUUGCUCAAAAACUUUGAAGUAAAAUUAUUCCUCUUUGGCA